CUCCAGGCCGUGACGUCACCGGAAAAGCCGCUCCGUGGGCUCCGUUCCUCCACAGCAGUGCGAAGCUCUUCCGCUUCCAUCCGCCGUUUAAUGUUCGUUUCGCGUCGCUCCGUGUGUUCUCGCUGACGGGCGUCGCGCGGACGCGACACAGACGUGUUUUGGGACGCGGACGCGCGCGCUCCGGAUCGCGCGCGUUGUUUUAGCGAUGAGGGGCUGACGAUCAGAUGAUGGCGCCCUCUAAGAUGAAGCUGCGUGUGAGGAAGCGAGACGGUGCUGGCAAAUCUUCUCAGCGGUUAUUGGCCAACGCGUCGCCCGAUUCCAAAUGCCCCAUCUGCCUCGACGGCUUCAACAACGUGGCGUCUCUGGACCGCUGCCUGCACCAGUUCUGUUUCCGCUGCAUCCACGAGUGGUCCAAGAACAAAGCCGAGUGUCCGCUCUGCAAGCAGCCCUUCCACUCCAUAUUCCACUCCGUCAAAGGGGAGAACGACUUUAAGGAGUUUGUGCUGCGUCCGCCGGAGAAUGGAGCGGCAGCGAACCCCGAUCCGCCUGCACGCGUGCUCCGCCCCCGGGUCCUCCGAGGGAGGGAGAGGCGGGGCCACAGGGCGCCAAACCCCGCCCCUUCCUCCUCCCCUCCGCUGGAGGACGACGUUAUGUUUGACGGGCUGACGGAUGCGGCGGCGCUCGCGGAGAACCAGGACGUCCAGCAGAUGGUGCUGCGAUUGACGGCGCGCAGGCAUGGGCGUGGCGAGGGGCGGAGCUUGCGGCGUUUGAGAGACCAAGACGUCGUGGCGUUUCGACGCGCGCUUUAUAGGACUGGCGUGCGAGUGCGCAACUCGAGGGACGCCGGCAGGCAGAGGGACAUUUCAGCAGCGUUCUUGCGACAAAAUCCUGGCUGUUUGCGACGGCUUUUGCCGUGGCUGCAGCGUGAGCUCACGGUGCUGUACGGUUCGCAUGGGUCGCUGGUGAACAUCGUGCAGAACAUCAUCAUCUCGCGCAUCAUGAACUACAACAUGGAGGACUCUGCAAUCCGGGAUGAGCUCCGCCCCUUCCUGCUGGCACGUACAGACCACUUCCUGCAUGAGCUGGUGAGCUUCGCCCGCUCCACCCUUAACAUGGAGGCGUACGACCAGCAGGCCGUUUACGACUGUCCCGCUCCCAGCUACGAGGAGGGCAGCAGCUCGGACCUCUCUGUUAUCGCCAUCUCCGAGGAUGAUGACGAUAAUGACAGUGAGGACAAUGUCACAGAGAAUCCCUCUGCUGUCCAGGAAUGCCUUGCAUCCGUUGCCACAGCCAGUGGAGCAGAAAGUUUGCCAAGUCAGUCAGCCUGGGAUGAUGAGACGCCUGGUCCCUCCUAUUCAACCCUCCUCCCCUCUUCCAGGCAAUCACAUGGCGAGGGGGUGGAGCCAAGCUCUAGCUCAGUCCCUCCCCUCAGCUCCUUGGAUAUGACUGACCCCGCGGCGAGUGACAGAGUGUCAGCCGGACCCGGUGAAAAUGACGAAGAGGAAGAGUGUCUGAUUGUGGGAUACGUGAAGCCGAUGGCUGAACGGACUCCAGAACUUGUUCAGCUCUCUUCAGACUCGUCUGAAGAAGAGCAAGAGCCAGCUCCAACUGAGACACUGGCCUCAGUAACGAAAUCAGAGGCGUCCCAAGUGCAGCUCCCGUUACAGUCCCACAACAACCCGCUUAGACUUAGUCUCUCCCCAGACCCUGCUCCCUUGUGCAGUCCGCAGCACUUACUCUCGGAUGGAGUCGGGUCACACAACAUAGAACAAGAAUCCGACUACUUGUCCGCCCGUGGGCACCGGUCCAAAGAUGAUUCACAUUCAUGGCAGAGUCAAGAUGACUCCCGAUUCAGAGGUCACAGGAAGCACAGAAGUCAUCGUUGCUCUGGCAGCAAAGAGAAGGAUAAGAGUUUACAACAGUCUCGGCACCUCAAGACCCCGGAUGGCUCGCCAAACCAAACACAGAGCUGGACUCAAAGCCCUGCAGUGUCUGUUUGGAGCGGCAGCCCUGCCUCCAAGUCGCGCAGUAGCGACUGCUCUCCUCCUCGAAAUAAGAGCGGAGAGCAUUCGCACCAUGCGAGAGAGAGAUUCUCACACUCUCCUUCCAACUCCCGAAGGAGGAGAACCAAAGAUAAGAAAAGUAGGUCGCCCGACUCUGACUCUUUUCUUGGUUCCCGACCGCCCUGUGAGGUAAAGCGCAGUCGCAAACGCCGCAAGCGGUCGGUCAGCAGCAGCAGCGCUGAUUCGCACUCUGAAAGGUCUUGCCUGGACAAACCCAGUGGCAAACGCAAGUACAAAACCCGGCACUUGGAGCGAGCAGCCCAGCGGCAGCACAAGGAGGGAACCGCGAGCAAGGAAAAGCGGCACCGAGAGCGGCGACGAAGCAGGGAGCGAUCUCCGAGUGUGGAGAUCAUCUACGAAAGAAGGCCGGCUGACCCGUACUGGGUCCAGCGGAAGAAGAGGAGGCAUCGAAAGAGAAGGAGGGAAUUGCGUUCUCCUACUGUGAUCACGAUCGAUAGCGACAGCGACCGCACCAUCGACUGUCUGGACCGCGUCAUGGACGCUAUAGACCAAACCGCUGCUGAUGGGACUCCUGAGCGUGAUUCUUUCCCGAACGCAAGCUGUACCUUGGACUCCUCAAAUCCUCUUUCUGAGCCUUCGAGUCCCACGGGCCGAGGCGACCCAACCACUGAACACUCACUAAACCUGGACGACUGCGUUGUGGAUGUAGUCGACCACAGUAGUUCAGACUGCUCCCGAAAUAUAGAUGCUAGUAAUCACGAAGAGUUUGUACCCAAUCCUUUCCCAGUGGAUUCGAUAAUAACGGCCCCGCCUUCGGACGUGAGGCUGCUGGAAAGCAUUCUGCAAGAUCUUGUGGAUUUCCAACCGAGGGCGGAGCCGGAAAUGGGACCGAGUUCUUCAGGCCAACAGGAACCAACUUCUAGUCAACAAAAAGACCAGUCAGAAACGGGAAGAGAUGCUGAAAACUUGGAGAAUGAGAACACCGAUGACAACGGACCGCAGGUGUCUACAACCAACACUGAUAGCUAGAACUGAAACAGACUUUUUUUUUACAGACACAUGCUUGUCUGAUGCUUAUCUGAAUCCCGUUUAGACCUUUUAUAAACUCAUUUAAAGUUUGAAUUCCUGCUGGAAACGGAUGCUUAAGAAACGUUUGGAGAACUUCUCUUUUUUUUGCCAUUGUCAACUUCAUUAUUGUUCAUGUUGUAUUUAUAGUUAAGGGUGAUCCUCUUCCUCGAAUCUGGUGCUGAUUCACUGUGCCACAACUCAACUGUGAUCAUGCCUGGAUGGUAACCCCGAUUCCCCUAACCUUAACUCUAGUAGCAGCAAUUACAUAGGGGUUACCAUCUAGGCUAGUGGUUCUCAGCUUGUUUGCUUCAAAAUUUAGUUUGACAAGAUGCAGGGCCUUUGUCAUACCGAACGAAAAUAAAUGGGAGAGUUUAUUUUUGCUGUCCUGCACAAAAAAAUGUGCAAAACUUGCCCCUAUAAGAUGCAAUGAAGCUUUUUCGUAUUUAGUUCUCUGAACUUUAUUUGUGGUGAUCAAUUUAGCUCCUACUUUAGAAUGGGCUCUAAACCAGUUCUAUAGAAACUACCAGGGACUAAGUGUAUGCUGGCCGAACAAACGAAUACAAAACAUUGGCUGCCCAGCAUUUUUAGAAAGCCGUGUAGAUAUACUUACUCCACACACAGGAAAUGGAGAUAUUGCCAUUUACUUGUUUUCUGCCGCCUUGUGUUCUUUCCUCAGCCUCGAUGAUGCUUAGCCUGCAAGUUGUCCUAGGAGAUUUAGUCAGAUUUUCAUACUCUUAUCAUCUUGUGAAUUUUGUUCACAUUCCAUCCGUGUUACCACAAAACCCACAACACACAACGGAAAUGGCUCCGAUCACCGCGUUCUCCUUUCACCGGUGGUUAUUUGAAAAUACCACAAAUUAAGACAUCACUGUUGGCCGCUUCAGAGUUCCUAACGCUGGUGCUAAUGCAAGCAAGAAAAUAGCCGGAGGGUGAAAUUUGUUCAGUAGGAGCUACCCUGCGGUCUAGUAACCUAUAACAAAGCCUGGAAUAGACUACAUGAUUUUUGCCCUGAUUUUCCAAAGAUUUACAGUCUGGAGACGUUGACGCUGAAAGUCAGAGCCAGUCUGUGUAUUUGAUAGAAAAUCACAUAUUUUUAGACGUUUUCAUUGGUCCAGCGUCCCCUAGCAACAAGGCACGGGUUUCUGCAUGAGUUUGUUGAGAUCGGAACGACUUUCGCUAGUGUAUGAUCCUCAUUCCCGUAAUGCAUGAUUGCCAGUUUUGCUUUGUCACUAUUUACAAGUGUACGCACGAUGCCUAGUGGUUUAAAAUCUGCUCAGAUUUCAAAAGUCGUGUAGCGUAUUCCAGGCUUAAGUUCCCAAUACGUAUUUUUACUCGAGCCACAAAUGCGCACCUUUUUAGGGUUGCUAAUUCGUACCAAAUGGUGCAUAUUACAUAUGUACUACUUAAUGUACUAAUAUGCACCUUAGAGGGUUGGAUAAGAUGCGAUGGUGUACCUUAAAGUGCAUAGCAGUAGUUAAGGUGCUAAUAUGCAUCUUUUAAGGUUGCAUAAGGUACAAAGUUGUCCUUUUAAGGUUAUUGCCCCAGUGACAUGUUGUUUGAUCUGUAUAUUUCCUGACAGUGUACAUAUGGUCAGUUGCGUUUUAUUAUUUGCUCUCAGCAUUGUUUUUUCCGCUCCCGUCCGAGCAUACCUGUGAUCCUGCUUCGAAUCACGACCCGCCGGCUGAGAACCACUGAUCAUUCAUUAUUCAGUCCCGCUGAAGCUGGAGAACAGUGUCUUUGUUAAACUCAGGGAACAGGUGACAUGCACCUCCAUGCCUCAGUUACACAGCGUGUGUGUGUGUGUGUGUGUGUGUGUGUGUAUGCGGGACCGUGGUGGCGCCCUGGAGAUAUAAUUGGCUGAUCAUGUCUACUGAACACACGUCAAGCCUUCUUUACAACAGCUGUCUCUCAUGUCAGCCAACAAUCAAUAAAUGCAUUUAAUAGACGUACGGUCUAAUGUCUGAAGGGGUUUUCUUCGGGAACAUCACCGUUGCGAGCCGAGACCCUUCUAAACGGUCGGGGAUCUAAUGAGUCCUGCGUCCGGGUGACGUCGAGUUAAGUUUCCAAUUUUUCACUGAAAGUUGUGAAUUUUAAUUGCGCAAAAUUUGAAUAUUGCAUAAAGCAUUGGCCAAUCAGCACAAAUUCCAUCCAACCAAUCAAAGAGCACAAGGACUUCUUAUAAGCACACGAAGGACUUUAUUUUGGCCAAUUAUUCCCAUUAAACCAACGUAAUUUAGCAAUUUUUAUUCUAGAUUUGUUACUUCUACUACGAAUGUCUAAUGCGAUGCUACAAAAGCUUUUUGAUUUCCAGAAUGAGUUAUUUCUAGCUUUAAUCGGUGUGAACACAGGCCGAUAUUUAUCUGUUAUUUUUUGUUCUUUCGCCAAAGCAAUGCGUUUUCUUGAAUUUUUUUCUUAAAUAUAAAAUAUACAAUUCUACCAGAACACUCUCUCGCAAACACGCCGCCCUUAACAAACAUUGCAUUCACCCUUAACACGUUUUUCUUUCUCGCACAAAUGCGUCGCGCUCCUCUGCAAUAUUUGUGAAGUUACUGUACUGUACUGUAAGUUACUGUAUUCUCCCACGGCUGCACUCCAAGACACUUUGCGUUCGUCACAUCUCUUUGUUUUGUUUGUAAAUAACGUGGAUUCCAUCACAAAGGUUUUGCGGAGCGCGAAAUCAUUGGGUUCAGGUUUUCAAUAAAAAACGGUACACAUCUUUUCCACUAAAUUUACGUUUGCUCUCAGUGUUUUCAGUAAUCGUGAUGGUGUUCUGUUCAACAACGCAAAGUGCUAAAGAUGCAUUAACUUCUACAACUAUCCCAACACUAAACACAGUAACGCAAAUACAGUAACUAUGUCUUGUUGGGAGCUAGAAGGGAUACAGCAAUGGCCGUAAACCAACAAUAAAUCACUUUUUUUCUA